GCAUCGGCGGCCGGGCUGGCGCCGAGCCCAGAGCGGACCAGCAGCAGCUCCAGUGCUGCGGCCGCCGCCUCCUCGCUGACCCCGCGAUGGAAGAAGAGGUGGGCAAAGAAUGACCUGGAGCCCCUUGUUAGAGUCAAGGUGCCGCUGAUUUCAUAGCUACCCUGUUUUAUGUGUCAGCAUCUCCUGUUAGCUUAUAAUUGCUUCGAGGAAAGAACAAGCCCAACUCAUCUGGAAAAACCAAAUUGUAUAGAAAUGUCUGGUAACUUUAGUAUGAACAUUUGCUGGAAAAGCUUGACAUUCUAGCCCUCAGUCUUCUGGGGAGGCUGGACAUGUCAUUCCACUACAUCCACCUGGGUGACAGAAUAGACAUGCAGGAGCCUGAGAAUGAGGGGUUAGGGCUUUUUUUUUUUUUUUUUUUUUUAUCUUUUAAACCCAUGCAGAGACAAAACACACUCUGACACCUGCCUGUUGAAUCCGUCACCUCCAAUCGUAGGAAAUAAAUUUUGCCAUAAUGUAUAUCUUUUGUCUUUAUUUAAUAUUAAUAGAACAUGAAUUUGUGGACUUGAACUGACGUCAGUAGCAGAAUUAUAAUGUAAAUCUCAUCAUACAGAGAAUUAUGACAGUUUACAUCUCUACAUGUAAUACGAAGAAAGAUUCAUGUUAAGCAUUUGUGCUUACCGCUGCACAGUCCAAUUUUUCGUGAACAUUGAAUUUGCCUUCUUAAUUUGUUAACAGCUAGUGUAAGUUCUAAAUAGACUAGGAAGACUCAAUUGCAAAAUCUCCCUGCUUCCAAAUAAUCCCAACUCAUUCAUGAUUUAUUCAGAUUUACAUAAAUCACUUGCAGAACUCAGUCUCUCUAGUUUAGGAUUUUGUGUGUGACAGUUCUCAAUUUAAAAAAGAAAAACUUUCUAAAAUUAGAUAUUAAAAUUGAGACAUUGUAAAACAAAAAAAUAGCCAAGAUAAAAACUGUUAUGCCAUGUUUCAAGUUCAAACGCAUAGUAGGAUCUCAUACGGUGGAAAUAAUACUAACAAAUAGAAACACUGAAAUCCCCAGCAACCAAAAACGCUACUACCAAAAAGUCAUUAAAAUAUAAACAAACUCUGAAGAACAUAAAACAGCACAGGGCCCAUAUAAUGUCCUAUUAAACAAAAGUAAUUGCUGCAAAUGCUUUUCUUUCUUAAGGGGCAUGAGUUUGUUAACCUGCUUUUGUUUACAUGAAAUAAAAUUCUGUAUAGGCAAAAGGCUUGGAUCUUAUUUCCAUGAUCUAACACGAAAGUGAGUGUAAAACUUCAAGCUAGAAAAUGUUGAUUCUCUCAGUAAGAAAGGACUACUGACUAUUGAAAUGCUACAAUUCCUGUGCUCCUGGCAACAGCAUUUCCUGACACGAUUGUCUCUUAGAAUAGGUUAAGAAACUGGACCAUUUCAUGAGAGUCUUCCAGGGAAUAAAUCAUCAUGAAGUUCGAUACCUUACUUGGGGAGUUUGAGAAGUGAUGAUAGACAGAAGGGCUUAAUUUGUUAUAUCGAUGUAGGCUAAAUUGCUUUGUUGAUGACUCAAAGAGAAAAAUAAAUGACGUGUCCCAUCAUUUCUUUAUAAAGAUUUAAUUGAACCUUUCUUUUCCCCACUUGUAAAAGGUUUACUAAUAAGUCCUUACUGAUGUCUCUUUGGAGGGCAUCUUAAAAGAGAAGGGGGAGGUGGUUUAGCAGCCCAAAUCAGCUGAGUCCUAAUUCUCUCCACUGACCUGUACACAUUCCCUGUCUGUCAGAAGGUCUUACUUCAUUAUUCAGUGUGGUUGGGACAGAAUUUGAGACCUCAGAGAGAAGACUGGGUGAAAGGUAGACUCAUCGCUGCCAAGAGCUCCUCUUUUAGUCAGAAGGACAUUGUCACUUUAAUGAUGCUAUUUCGCCUUACCCUGGUGUGUUUCCUUCUUUUUCUUGGAAGUGGACCCUUGUUAUAUCAUGUAGGAGUAGUCUCCCAUGAGACAAUGAUAGAUUCACUCUUUCCCAAAAACAUUACCAGCUGUAUAAUUUGGAAAAGAAAGCAAGAAUUGGGCCCUUAGUUUAUAUUUGAAAGACAGUCAAUCUUCAGAAAGUGAGCCUGACAUCACUUGUAUGACAGUUCUUGAAACCACAAAGUGGGAUAGUGGGGGCUUGGAUCUCCUAAAGGGAUUGGCAGUUAACAAGGCACUGAGGCUGCGCUACUGUCACCAGUGGUCUAUGGCCCUAGGUCUUUUUACUUUCAUAUCAGACUCUCUUUUUCCUUGAACUCACUCUUGACCCUACCUUGAGACCUGCAUAGGACCAAGUGAAGACACAGAGCCCCCAUGAAAGCGGCCUCACUGCCUAAGCUAUGGAGGGGCCCAGGACACCUAAGAGCAGAGAGGCUCCCAUCUCCCUGCAGGCCCAAGGGAGCGAAGGGCGUGAACUGGAGAGAAGGGCAGUGAUGUGUUGCCUCUUGGAAAGUUCCUGCUCUGUGUCUGGGCUUUGCAGUGUAAAGAGUUGCUGGCUGCCUCUGGCCCCAGAGCCUGGCUCCUGUUUAAUAUUCUGCCUGCUCCGUUGAUGUUGUGCUUGGCUCCUGUGGGACUGCAACUCACGGCUUGAAACUGGAGCCAAUUUUCUGUCUUCAUCUCGCAGUGUUUUGACUGGAGGCAGAUCCAGUUCAGGCCGAUCAGGGCUGGUGGAAACAACUACCAAGUGUCUCUCUGUCUGCUUUGCUUUGGGAGAAGAAAGUGGAGGGAUCCCCAGCAUGUUGUAGAGGAACUGGCCUGCGGAAACGAGAGGAGGAGGGUGCAGGGGGCAGCGGAACAGACUGAACCUCAGAGCAUCAGUCGGAAUGACGAUCUGAGGCUGUCAGAGAUGACUCUGGUUCUGUCCAUGAAUAGAUUCUGCGAGCGCAUUGUCUCGGAAGGAGCUGCUGAAAUUGCUGGGUACCAAACGCUGUGGGAGGCUGAUAGCUACGGAGGCCCAAGCCCCCCAGGGCCAGCACAGGCUCCUUUGCAGGGAGACCGGGGAGCUGGUCCCCCGCUGGCAGGAUCACAUUACAGGGGAAUUUCAAAUCCUAUAACAACAUCCAAGAUCACAUACUUUAAGAGGAAGUAUGUGGAAGAAGAGGAUUUUCACCCACCACUCAGCAGCUGUAGCCAUAAAACCAUCUCAAUUUUUGAGGAACGAGCCCACAUCCUUUAUAUGUCCUUAGAAAAGCUAAAGUUUAUCGAUGAUCCUGAAGUGUAUCUCCGAAGAUCUGUCCUUAUAAACAAUUUGAUGAAAAGGAUCCAUGGAGAAAUUAUCAUGCAGAAUAACUGGUGUUUCCCUGCCUGCUCUUUCAAUGGCACCUCCGCUCAAGAGUGGUUUAUGGCUCAAGACUGCCCUUACCGAAAACGACCACGGAUGGCCAAAGAGGAAUGUGAAAAGUUUCAUGCCUGCUGCUUUUACCAAGAAUGUGGUGGCCACUACCUAAAUUUACCCUUUUCUGUCAAUGCUAAUGUCGGAAGUGCCUCCACUGCUGCCUCCUCUCCCUGCAUCUCUUCCUCCUCCUCCUCCUCCUCCUCCUCCUCCUCUCCCUCUUUGCCUUUACCGAGUUGUUCCCACCAGGUGGAUUUUGAUGUAGGCAGUGCAUCUGUUUACAAGAGUGAUGGCCAGAUACCUGCCAAUGAAAUCUUUGUCACUAAUGUCAGAUCACUUGGCGUUCAGGAAAAGGCCAAAUUAAGUGAUGAGAAAGCAAAUAAUGACACCAACAGAGAUGGUGGCCCCCUCAGCCAUGAACCUGUGGGAAAUGACCUUGCUUUUGAGUGCAAGGGCCAAUUUUACGAUUAUUUUGAGACCGGAUAUAAUGAAAGAAACAAUGUAAAUGAAUCUUGGAAAAAGUCCUUACGGAAAAAGGAGGCUUCACCACCAAGUAACAAACUGUGCUGCAGCAAAGGAAGUAAAAUAUGAGCCAUCUUCUCACCGAACUUUGAAGCAUGCACAGCAUGAUCAGUUAGCGCUCACGAAUUUUAUUUUGAAUGGAUUUUGUAGUUUUGUACAACUGAUAAAAUUAUGCCAUGAACAUGCCGUGUCGUUUUAAUGCCUGGAGAGCAGAUUGCAUAAAACAUCUGUAUAGUAGGCAUCAACGAGCUUCCUUAUAAAUGUGGUGAUUUUUACCAAGAAAACAGUUGAACUUAAUGCUUGAAAGUAUAUCAUAGUUUUCUUACAGAAAAGAUCAGUAGAUUAGAUUAGGGGACAACGUGCCCUUGCAAUAUUUCCAUUGCCCCCCAAGGAGCCUAUCACUAGCUAAGAAAUUUCAACAUGUUUGCCAAUUAAUUAGGGGGUUACUUGGUAAGCAAAUCAAUAUAACCAGCAAAGAUACCUGCUUCUUCUAUAUGAUACAAUAUUUUUUGUUAAUAAAAGACUGAAGACAGGGAGCUAGAUGAAAUGGCUUCAUGGUGCUGUUAAGUAUUUGUACCUAACAGUCUUGUGUGACAGAUGAAAAUAGGAUGUAACAUAAUGAAACACACCUGUCUAGGGGCGGCAAUCAGCAGUCUUACACAGAGAGGGAAGUCCCUGCAAGUUCCUAGCUUGCCUGUGAUGGGCGAUGAGGCUUUUAGAGAGGUGUUAUACAGGGCGAAUUUUGGUGCCUUACUUUAUCUUAAUUUUUGCCAAUGUGAAAAUUAAGGAUAAAUCAGAGUUACAGCAGGGAUUUAACAAACAGGAGGAAAAAAAAAAACAACACAGGGUGGAUCAAUAUGGUUUGGAAACUUAACUUUGAACUAUUGUGUUCAACUUUUGAUUCGACAUCUCUAUUUUUCCUUUAUUUUUGAUGCCCAAUUGCUUUUGGAUUUGGCAUUUUUUCAGUAGGGAUGGAGGAAACGAGAGAGCUGUUAGCAAGCAGCACUGGCUGCACCAGCUUUCCUCUGGCAACUGUCUGUUGCUGGGGUUUGGGUUUUCUGGGUUUUGGGUUGUUUUGUUUUGUUUUCUUGUCCAAUGAAGUUCACGAACCAGUGGCAUGCAUUAUACUCUUCUCUGUUUUGCAUCAUUUCACUUGUUUAGAUUAUAAAAGCAUGUGGGUUUUUAUGUAUGAAAUUUACUGUUGAUUAAGAAGCACAAUGUUAAUAAAUGAUGUGGUGAUCAAUAAGGUUUAUCUUAAAGAAUGUAAAGACUUCAGUUUUUGGAAAGUUAUUUUGGAGAAAUGGGACUUAAUCUAUAAUCGUUACUAUGUAUUUGGUCUACAUUUUCCAAAUAAUAUCUUUAAUUUGUACAUUUGAAAAGUGUUCAGAGUGGCCCUCCUGCCAUCCUUCCUUCCACUCCAGCCAACUCUUCCUGCUAAACUGUAUUCCACUUUCCAAGUUUACUAAUUGACUUGGGCCUCUUUAAACAAUACUUCACAGAAACCAAAUGCCAAAUGGAGGAAAUAAGUGAGCCCUCCCAGUUUCUCCAAAAUAAAGCUUUUUUUUAAUUAUUGCUAUUAAUAUUAAAUAUAGGUCUCAUUCAUACAGUGUAUGAGUAGGAUCAUUUGGACAAUUGUCCACAAGGACCAAUUUUUAAAACAUUUUCUUGCGUUAUAGCUAAAUAGUCUAGUAAUGUUUUGUCUUUUAUUUGCAAUAUUUGAUAAACAUUUGAUGUUCAAAACUUAGAUAAUAGAUGCUUGUAUAUGAAUGUGUUGUAAUAAAGUGAGGUUUUCUUGAUAUAUAUUUAUUAAAAUGAUAAAAAUUCAUUAAGUUUUUUUCAAGUUUAAUGGCUAUUGGCUAUGUUUCUCUUUUCCAUUAUUCUCUCUCCUUUAAAAAACUCAAAACAUCUAGAAACUCUAGUGGAUAGUGGCCACACAGGAGUUUUCUAAAUUAAAGAGUAUUUUAAAAUGCCAAUCUGACAGGUGUUUUAGAAUGAUCCCAGUUUGUAAGUUUAAGUUUCUGUUGACUAAGAAGCACAAUGUUAAUAGAUGCUGUGGUGAUAAAUAAGGUUUAUGUCUAAAAAAAGUGAAAAUUUUCCUUUCUGAAGUGUCUCUGAAAAAAAAUGUAAAACAUGAAGCCGUAAAUACUGAAUCUUAGCUGAUUCCAUUAUGAAAUGUCAAACUGUAAAGAUGACCCAUAUGUAAACGGUUAUAACAGCUACAGAUUAUUCCUGGUAGCAUUCUAUACAAUUCUGUAUUAAUGGUCUUAGAAGCUAAUAUUUGAUUAAGGGGGAAAGCUAGUUGAAAAAUAAUUAAUUUGUCAAAUAUAGCAUUCUCAUUGCAAGUGUAAUAUCUCAUGGAGAUUUAAAUAUGAAUGAAAGGACUUAUCCUUCUGCUUUUUAAAAGCCCCCAGCAUUACUAGAUAGUGUUUUUCUUGAGGGCCAAAGCUGUAAAAUGACAAAGUUGGUGAUUUUCAGCAGCACUCACCUGAGCUGUGAGCGCCUGCACCUGUUCAGUAGAACCCACUAGAAUCACUUCUCUGCAGGGUAAGUGGUGCCUUUGAAUUCAGCAGCAUAAAAAUCUGUUCUUUUUAGUCAUCAAGUUUUUGUUACCAGGAUAUUUCUAGCAUGGCAAAAAAAAUUUCUUCACCAAAAAGUGAUUUGUAAACACCCAUCCAGACUACGAAAAUCCUCUUGUUAGCAGGUGAGAGUGCUAGGACUUCCUGUGUUCACCUCUUAUGUACCCAACAUUGUCUUCUAUGCAUGAGAUAUUCCAUUCGAUUUUCCUAGAGUGGCCAGAACACCCUUCAUAGUAAGUUAAAUCUCUUAACUGGAUUCUAUAGUUUUAUCUUGAGCAAUUUGGAAAAGCUAAGACAUUCUCCACCCACACUACUGUCUACCCGCCUGGAAGCAGCACCUUCUCUCAUUGCUGUGCUCUGCUUUGAGGAAAACCUGAUAUGACAGAAUCAAGACUAUUAAAAGAUAAAUGAGGGGAAGUCUUCAUUUAAGAAAGUGGCCUUGCUCCCCAAGAGUGCCUUUAAUUGCUAUUCCCCUAGGCAUCUGGGUGCAUAUCAUUAAUGAAAUCAUUAACCUUUGUCUCUGAUCCUGCCUUUCUAAAAAUGGCAGAUUAUAGAAGGUGGUCUGGCAGAGAGAUUUUCAAGGGGCAAAAGUCUCAACAUCAUCUUUCCACUCAAGAUCCAAUUAUUCUAAACCUCACUUUGUAGGGGUCCUAGGGACAGGAUUGCAGGGACAGGGGACAUGGAGGAAGAGAGAAAAAUUCAAAACCAGCAGAUGCCACUAUCUGGCAAUGAAUUGAAAAUUAGGGUAAAACAUCUUUGGCAUGAUCUUUUAUUAAGACAACAGAAAUUUAGAACAUUUUGCAUGCAACUUUGUUAAACGGUGAAGCAGGUGAAUGGAAGUAUUUCUUUUUAGAGCUCACAGUUAACUCCAUCAAGACAUGGCUACCCAUCCCUCCAAUUAUGAACUUGUAUUACAGCUCCACUUAGUGACUUCCUUCCUGUGUAUCAGGAGGAGAGCAGAGGACAACUUGUAGAAGACAUGGCCACUAAGAGACAUCAACUUCGAAACAAGUAUAAGACAAGGAUAUAAGGAUUCCUCUGUGAUGCAGCUAGGCUUUUAUAUCCUUCUAACAAAUUGUGAGCAGGAAACGUUUUUGGAAAUAAUUAGUUGUUAAAUUUCAUCUUUCUGACAGCCCCUUAAAUUUGAAGUCAUUUCAUUUGUAGUUAAGGUUACCACAUCCUUGCCAAUUUUAUCAGAUCUUUUCGGAGACAAGGAUUCAGCAUGGCAUUAGUAAUGAUGGUUUAAACUAGAUGCAGAACUGUCCCAUGAAGAGAAGAAUGAUAUCAGUAUUUAAAUAAUAAAAGAAGAGACAAUGUAUGGUUUGUAGUGAUUCAUCUUUAAGAUUGCUGUGUUUUGAUUCUGUGGUUUAAAAUAAAUGCAUUAAGGAUCUUUUAAGUUA